UUAAUUUCGUGAUGCAGUACACAAACGAAACGCAAUAAAAAAAUACUUGGAGAAAAAAAUAAAUUCUCCUUCAUUUGCUCAUUACCAUUCAUCUCGGUGUUUAGCAAUCACAACAAAGCGCAAAUCUUAUCAAUUGUCAUGACCAUCCCUACACUCGCGUAUAUUUGAAGUUAGCUCUUGACAGUUCACAAUCAAAACGAAACCCUCAAGCCGCGUGUUUGCACUGAAUUCCGUCGCAGAUUAAAUUUUUGUCCUAAACAGUGCAGAAAAAGUGCAAAUUCCGUUAGAACUGGCAUCUUCCGCGCAAGAGAGGUAGUGUGUCUGUGAAUAUAGGUGUAGAAAAACCAUUUGAGUAGCGUAUAAAGUGUUGCCGAUUCGGAACGCAUUGUGGUGAGCACAUUUCGUGUGGCACCAUACACUUCCUGCUAGCGCAGCGGAAUUAGUCGCAACCGGCUAAGGGAAAAUUGGUGGCUCUGAAGAGGAAGGUUACCCGCAUCACGUCCUUUGUUUACAAACAAUUAAGUUGACUAAAAUAAACAAAUCGGCUGGUUUCCCACCAUUCGCCACACACCGGUCAGUCCGGAGAGUGAAUCGAGACGUUAAUUAGCGACCAACAAACAUUGCCGAUACGUCGUAGCAAAACAUGAAGUACAUACUCGUAACGGGUGGCGUGAUCAGCGGUGUUGGCAAAGGAGUUAUCGCCAGUUCGUUCGGAACUUUGCUCAAUGCAUGUGGCAUACCGAUAACAUCGAUCAAGAUCGAUCCUUACAUCAAUAUCGAUGCUGGAACAUUUUCACCAUACGAACACGGCGAAGUGUUCGUGCUUGACGAUGGCAGCGAGGUGGAUUUAGAUCUCGGUAACUACGAGAGAUUUCUAGAUGUUGUCUUACACAAAGAUAAUAAUAUUACCACCGGCAAGGUGUACAAAAUGGUUAUCGAUAAGGAGCGCAUAGGAAUGUAUCUUGGAAAAACCGUACAAGUGGUGCCCCACAUAACGGACGCGAUACAGGAAUGGGUCGAACGGGUUGCAGUAACACCGGUAAAGGAUAACAUCGUCCCGGAGGUAUGCAUUAUUGAGCUGGGCGGAACGAUCGGUGAUAUCGAAGGUAUGCCCUUCGUCGAAGCCUUUCGCCAGUUCCAAUUUCGCGUGAAGAAGGAAAACUUUUGUGUCGCACACGUGUCGCUUGUUCCGCUGCCCCGUGCUACGGGUGAACCGAAAACCAAACCAACGCAGGCAAGCGUUCGUGAAUUGCGUGGCUUUGGUCUCUGUCCGGAUAUGAUUGUGUGCCGCUCGGAGAACCCUAUCGGCGAUGAGGUGAAGGACAAGAUCAGCAACUUUUGUCACGUUGCACCGAAUCAGGUGAUCUGCAUACACGAUCUGUCAUCGAUCUAUCACGUGCCAUUGCUGAUGGAACAGUCCGGUGUCAUAGACAUUUUGAAGGAGCGUCUCCAUCUGAACUUGCCCACUCCUAGGCCCGCGAAUUUUAUGCAAUCUUGGCGCGAUCUUGCGGAACGGGUAGAUAAUGUAUACAAGAAGGUAAACAUUGCCCUCGUCGGCAAGUACACGCGAUUGCAAGACUCGUACGCAUCCGUGAUAAAAUCGCUACUGCACGCAUCGAUUGCGGCCGGCUACAAGUUGAACUUGACCUUUAUCGAUUCGUCAAAUUUGGAGCGGUGUACUAAAAUGGAAAAUCCUAACCUUUACUACGAUGCGUGGCAUGAUCUGACCAACAGCCACGGUAUUGUUGUACCCGGUGGUUUCGGUUCCCGUGGCAUUGAAGGAAAAAUCCGUGCCUGUCAGUGGGCUCGCGAAAAUGGUAAACCAAUGCUUGGAAUCUGCUUAGGACUGCAGGCCGCCGUCAUUGAAUUUGCACGGAAUGUUUUGAAAAUGGCGGAUGCACAUUCAACAGAAUGCGACGAUACAACCCCCUAUCCGUUGGUAAUCGAUAUGCCCGAGCACCAUACUGGUAUACUGGGAGGAACCAUGCGACUUGGCAAGCGUACAACCAUUUUCCGGGGUGACAGCAAAAUACGUCAGCUGUAUAACAAUAAGGAACAAAUUGAAGAGCGUCACCGUCACCGGUACGAGGUGAAUCCCGAUUAUGUCGAGCAACUGCAAGCGCACGGUAUGCGAUUUGUUGGCACAGAUUCCGAAAAAGAGCGUAUGGAAAUUAUGGAGCUAGACGAUCACGUUUACUACGUCGCUACCCAGUUCCAUCCGGAGUAUCUUUCGCGGCCGCUAAAACCUUCACCACCGUUCCUUGGACUGAUCCUUGCCUCGGUGGGCAAGCUAUCAUCCUAUCUAGAGGAUGGAGCAAAAUUGCUUCAUCAACAAUGUAACGCCAAUCCAUCAAUGUCGGCACGCGACAACUCGACUGAUAACGAUCUCCAGCAGAUCCGCGAACGAGCCAACGGGUUAAGCCUCGAGAAUAAUGCAACGCCUGCAGUUGUUAGUCCAUCUAAUGAUAUAAAAAUGAACGGUGCCAUGCCUUCGACGUCUUUGGGCAAGCAAAAAUCACCGAUCAAGAUGAACGGGGUGCACGAAAAUGGAACGGAUUAAAUAGGGUAAGUGUUUCAUUUGCAAUAGAAUGUAAGUCGGGCUGUCCUCGCGGUAGCGGUGCUGGUCAUGAUAACACGACAGGGACCGGCACCAAAACCCUGUCCGGACUGUUUCGCAUGUAGUGUAGGAAACUAAAUUCAGUAAGCCAGUCGAGACAGAAUAAGAAUGCAAUUUUUCUAAAAAGAGUAAUAUGUUUGAUGGAAGGAAAUGUGGCAAACCAAUUCUUCCAACUCCAUUGCGACAUGAUAUGUAUAGAACAUUCAAGCGAAAGCCAGGGUAUCAAGUUUUGUGAAAUGAAAUAUUUUCGUAUUCGUGUAAGACAUUUUCAAAAAAAAAAAAUCAAAAUAUUUACAGUGAAAUUAAAUUUCUAUCACAAAACAUUGCGAUUAAUACACAAACAACCGAACAUUAAAAAAAAGAAUCUGAUUGGUCGGUGGUUUUGUUUACAGAGGCUUUGAGUCUUUCGUUUCGACAGUCGUGGUUUAAAAUAUAUUUUUCAUUUCAUUGUGCUAUCCUGAAUUAUAAGUAUCUGUAAAAACAUAAAAAUAUAGAAGAAAAAUAGAAAUAUUUUCAAAUGGAAUAAAACUAAUGGCAGUAAAUUGUGAUUAAGAAUGCAAAACUUUCAUGAUGGAAUUGACUUUUGGCAUAAAUUACUUGUGUAGAGAGGAAAUAUUACUUAAAAAUCUCCAGAAUUACGUUAUUCAGAUUUUUUCGAGGACCGAUACGGAUGAUAUGAUGACAGAACAAAGUUUUGUUGUUCCGAUUACUCCAAACUGUUGAUUAUGAAGCUAAUAAUUGUGCUAUUAAUUUACAUGGUUUUUGUGUACAACAUUCAUAGCUAGGAAUUAAAAAAAUCGGUUGCAUUGAACACUGGAAAGUGACUGUGUUACGGGACAGCAUGGGUUUUAAAAGUGUAGCAAGAUCCACAAAGCACCGACCUCAUUCAAAUGCAAAUUAGUAUGAAAAGUAAUGCAAUAAAGUUAAUUGAGAAAUUCUUCCCAAAACUUCGAAAAUUUAAACAUUUAGCUCGUGGCCUUCAGGGCACAUAAUUCUUGCCAUCCAUGCUGCACAGAAUACAUACAUACAUUUUGUACAAUGCUUUCACACUUUAUCGAUGUUUUAAAGAUUUCGUAUAGAUAUAUUUUAAUAUUUUAGUUAUGAAUAGUGAAACAAUUUACAAAUAUAAGUUUUUAACUACAAGUAAGUCCACUUUUCAACACAUACUGUUGCUUCUUCCUAUUUCCAAAUUGUGGCCAAAAUGUAAAAAAAAAUGCAAACAUCUCCUUUUUUGAUUGUGGAUUUAUAAUUCGUUAAAGUAUAUGAAGAUAAGGAGUGAAAAAACUCAUUAAACAAAACUCUCGGAACAGAUUACUACACAGCUGCCUUUUCUUAAACUGUAAACCAUGAUUAAAAUAUGGAUUAGGAUACGAAAUCGGUAAUGUCUAGAAUGAAAUACAUUGCACACGAAAAUUCUUAAACAAAAGUUAUUCUGUUUUUCUACUGUAUUUGCUUAAAAAUAGUUAAAUAAAGGUAAUAUAGUUGUUCCGUUA